AUGUUUUCAGAAUGCCCUCACAUGAAAUAUGGUGACAAUUGUGAAGAAGACUGCCCGUGUAACAGCUAUAAUACUGAAUCCUGCGAUAUGGAGACUGGAGAAUGUGUAUGUAAGCAGGGGUAUACCGGGUUCUCCUGCAACUGCCAAGUUGGUCUUCAUUCCUGCAACUUAAACGUUUCGGAUUGCUAUGAAGAUUCGAAUGAAGUAUCAUGCAUUUGCCAAAAAAAUUUUACGCAAUUGGAGCACAAUUGCACAGACAAUGUGCGCUUAAGUCAGGAUAAUUUUGUGCAAGUCUUCAAAGAUGAUGGAUGGUCUGGUAUCUGUAAUAACAAUCUGAAGUCUAACGCUUUAGUUAUCUGCCGCCAUCUUAACCGUAGCACGGAAUUUGUAUAUUCAACUUCAAAGUAUAGAAGAUAUGACUAUACGAGGACGUCGGUCAGUUGUAGAGGAACAGAGGACAUGCUGUCGGAAUGUCCAUCUAGAACGGGUUCCUAUUGCUCCUACUCUCCAGUCGUCCACUGUGGCGAAUGCCCAGAAUGGAGAUUUUCAUCAGAUUGUUCCGAGACAUGUGAUUGUGACAGGGACACGAGUACAGGAUGUGAUUUCAGGGACGGAACCUGUUCUUGUAGUGACGGUUUUAAAGGGGAGGACUGUAGUUGUCAUGUGUCUACAGCUCCUUGCUCGGGAUCGUCCUCUAAAUGUAAACAUGACAGGUGUAUCUGCAAAGAAGGAUUCUUUAAUCAGUCAGCGUCUUGUUUAGAUUUUGCUGAUGUCAUUUACUAUUGCUCUUUUGAAAAGUAUUCAUGGAAAAGUACAUGCAGUGUUCAAACAUCAAAUUGGCCUUUGAACCGAAACUCUUAUUCAUCAACUUACGGCUGGAAACCAAGCAGCGGAACCGAUGACUUAAAUUACCUUUAUCUGGAUACGAAACCUUAUUACUUGUCAGCUGAUAGCUAUUUUACUGAAAUGAAUAUAACAUUAAAUAUAAAACGAAAGCAGUUUUGUCUUUACUUUGACUACUUCCUUUAUGGUCGAGGGUCAAUAAGGGUCUCUACAAUAGACAACUCGUUCUUGGAAUCUUCUGUAGCAGUUCUGUCUGGGUCGCAGGAAAACUGGACAAGCAAAGACACGCAGAUAAAUGGGUCAAAACCUAUACGCAUGAUUAAAAUCAGGAUGGAGGAGAGGACUGCCAUUGACAGAAUUAUCAUUGCAGGGUCCAGUUGUGUUUGUUCAAACUGGACGUUUGGUCGAAACUGUGACAAAUGUGCCUGUGUCAGGAUGCACACAGAGUCCUGUGACAAAACUACCGGGGCCUGUCACUGUAAGGUUGGGUAUACUGGGGACGCCUGUCAGUGCGAAGCUAAUGGAAAACCCUGUCUCCAUGACGUAAGAUUGGUGAAUGGAAACACAACAAACAUGGGCAGAGUAGAAGUGGUCACUGAAGGCAUAUGGUCCACAGUAUGUGACGGAAACUGGGAUGAUAAUGACGCAACAGUCGUCUGCAAACAACUAGGACUCGGAAACUACGGUAUUGCAAUGAAUAAUGCUGAAUUUGGGAAAGGGUUUGGUCCUAUCCAUGUCGACAAGGUUGAUUGUAAGGGAGAUGAAGAGGAUUUGUUAUCAUGUCAGUUUUCUCGAUCUUCAUGUGACCACUCCGAUGAUUCUGGGGUAGUGUGUGUUAAUGCUUCGAGUAUAAUCCGUCUGAGAGAUGGUACCGAUCGGACCAAUGGUCGUCUAGAGAUCAAACUGGAUGACGGUGGAUCUUGGGGUACAGUCUGUGACGACGGCUUCGGAGAAUCGGAUGCUAGAGUAGCAUGCCGACAGUUAGGUCUACCCACGAGAUCUGUUCAAGCAAAAACAUCUGCUUAUUAUGGAUCGGGAUCGGGGCCGAUUCUUUUAAGCAAUCUAGGGUGCAAAGGAGAUGAGCCUGCUAUUCAGUCGUGUUCUGGUACAAAAAAUCCCGGUACUUGUGGGCAUUAUGAAGACGCCGGUAUAUCUUGCUCAAAUGAUUGUCCCUCGUUCACUUAUGGAAAAGAUUGUGAAGAUGAUUGCGUUUGUGACCGUAGUAACUCCUUGUCAUGUGACAAAGACACGGGGGAAUGCGUGUGCAAGAGUGGAUGGUCAGGUGUACGUUGCACGUGCGGACGAGAAAUAAAAUGUGGUGAAAAUUCGUACUGCGAUGAGUACAAAUGCCUAUGUGUGGACGGUGUUUUCACUAAACCAUCCAACUGUUCAGAUGUCACAGACGUUUUGUAUUCCUGUUCGUUUGAAACAGAUUUUGAAACAUGUUCAAUUAAAAAUUAUGGCGUCAUGAAAUGGAGAAAAGAUAGCAGUGGAACACCCAGUGACGAUACAGGUCCAUACUCGGCGAAAGAGGGAAGAUACUACGUUUAUACAGAGGCCACCAGCCAAUCCACUGGCGAUAAAGGAGUAAUGAAAAUAUCCGUAUCUAAUUUAAUGUCUACACAUGCCUGUUUCCAGUUUUAUUAUCACAUGAGAGGGGGUGAUAUGGGUGACUUGAAUAUAACCGCACAGGACACAUAUGGAUCCGAAAUUACUAAAUGGACAAAGUCAGGACAUUUUGGUUCCAGAUGGGACAAAGGCUUUUUUUCUCUCCCACCCACCUCUUCAUUGAUUAAGAUAACUGGUAUCAGAGGCGAUGGAUAUCAGUCAGAUAUUGCACUUGAUGACUUCAAAAUCUUUCAAGGGCAUUGUGAUUGUGAUCAAUGGAAAUAUGGAUUAACUUGUGAAAAAUCAUGUGAUUGCAUAAGAGGAACUUCUGAAGGGUGUAAUAGUCAGACUGGAAGCUGUAUUUGCCAGUCAGGAUGGAGCGGCAAAACAUGUAAUUGCCGGAAGUCAGGAGACAACUGUCAUCCUGCAUACUCUUAUUGCCAUGGAGAUGUAUGUUUAUGCAAAGAUGGCGUAUAUGACACCGGUGUUACGUGCUCCGGUAUCAAUGACAUCACAUUUUUCUGUGCAUUUGAUAUGCCAGACAGUCUCAAACAAUGCAAAAUUGUAUUGCCUCCAUUGCAGUGGGAGAUCCAAGAGGACAGAACACACUCGAUUAGUGAUAACUAUCAUCUGACAAACAACCGCUUCUUGCAAACAAGACUGUCUCCGGAAAGCACAAUGUUUUCAUUCUCUCUCAAGAAUAUAUCGUUAAAAACUGAUAGUUGUCUUCAAGUCAAAUAUUUCACACGCGAUCCAACGAAACAAAGUCUGCGAAUUCAGGUGAUAAGAAAUGGGCAUUUGAUAAGUAAUAGACUCUUUCGAGAAAGGGAUUGGUCAACUGCCCGCAUCUCCAUAAAGGCAUCUUCAGAGAUCAAGAUUCAUUUUAUUGUGAACGUCUACAAUAGGUUGCCUGUGCUUAUAGACGACAUAAUCAUAACGGCAAAGAGAUGUGGUGCUUGUUCACAGUGGUACUAUGGCUCAGAUUGUGAAAAGAUGUCGAAAUGUAACCGUACAAAUACUCUUUCAUUUGACCACCAAGAUCAUUGCACUUGUAAGGCAAACUGGCGGGGUGAAAAAUGUGACUGUACAAAAUCAGAGAACGAAGCGUGUCUCAAACAGGGGGAGAUCUGCAUGGGUGGCACUUGUUCAUGUGAGAUUGGAUAUACAAGAGCUGGAUUGGGCUGUAGAGAUAUUGAUGAAUGCAAAUAUCAAUGCAAAAGUUCUCUGCAAACAUGCACAAAUACGAAUGGAUCGUACUCAUGUGUUUGUAAUAGGGGUACUGUUGGGGAUGGUGCCAUUUGCUCGGAAUCGCCGCUGGUCAUUACAAAUGGGUCUACACCAAUGGACGGAAUCGUACUGAUGUGGCGAGACAAUGUCUGGGGUGCAUUAUGUCAGUCUUUCGAUCUGUUUACAGCUAUGCUAGCUUGCAAUACUCUUUUCAAUGACGAAAUACAUGGCGUUCAUCUUGCUCAGGAAGGAGGCUACAAAUCGCCAAAUGGGGUCACAUACAAGUCGUUUGUAUGUGAUCAAAAGAGUAAAGGAUUUGAGCUUACAAAAUGUAAUGUCUCUAUUGAGCCCUGUGACACUGAGAAGGAGGCGAUGCACUUAUCCUGUGGCGUCUGUGGAGGGGUUUAUACAAAUCCGUUUGGACUAGUGGAGCCACCUCUUCAAGUUCCAGCAAAUACAAUGUGCUUCUUUUUAUUGAAGCCUUUUAAUUCUAAAACUAUCAAUGCAACAUUAAUUUCUUUCUCAAUGAAUCCAAAUGAUCAGUUUCGAAGAAAACGGUAUUCACCAGUAACUCAGAUUCCAUGCGACGACACAUAUCUUGAGGUAUUCAAUGGUCCAGGGCCGGAGUCACCUUUUAUCGGGCGAUAUUGUAACAAUCGACUCCGAUUUACUGUCACUUCUACUGGGGAUAGUUUAUUUAUUAUUUAUAAAACGUCUAGAAACACGUCAAAUCACGAUUUCCAGGUCAUCUACGAAUCAGAGAAGAGUGUGGAAGAUCCACACGUACUUGGGGAACGCUGUAGUCAUUCUGUUCAGUGUGUAGCGAACAAUGCCUCCUGUGUCAAUAACAAAUGUACAUGUCAUAGAGAUUAUUACAUGUUUGAUACAGCCACUUGCUUGGAACGAAAACUUUGGAACUCUUCAUGUGAUGUAAAUGAACAAUGCAAAACCUCUUACUGCCAUCCUGAAAACCAAGUGUGUAAUUGUCCUGUGUACUCAGAAAUUGAUUUAGUUAACGAAGUAUGUGUUGCCAAACAAGCAAAAUCAACAGAAGAACAACAACAACAGUGGUUGAUCCCUGUCCUGCUUCUCAUCGUCAUACUGAUAAUAAUACUUAUUGCUGUCAUCGUUAUAUUCGCUAGAAGAAAGGGAUACAUUCUAUGGGGAACGGGAAAUGAUGCCACGUUUACGUAUUCGGAGCUAAUGUCAGCAUCCAACCCAUUGUAUGCAUAUAAUACAGACGACAAGAGUUCGCAUCGAGGUUCUGUAAUUUCUAUAAACCAAGCAGCAGAUAGUACCCACAGGAUACUUUUGAGUACAUUUGGAGACACCUAUGAGAGUUUGUGUGAUGAUGUUAGUUGGCCAGAAGAAGAAUUUAGGAGAAUACUGAGAUCCUGCGAGCAGAGACCUACAGACAUAGGAGCAGCAUCACAGAACAGACAUAAAAACAGAAGCAGAGACGUCUUGCCAUACGACUACAACGGAUUGAGGGAAUCCGGUACAACCAGUGUGAACGACUACAUCAACGCGAGUGUUAUAGAGGGUCUACAUAGUCACUACCCUUAUUACAUUGUGACACAAUAUCCGCUAAUUUCGACUCAAAAUGACUUUUGGGGAAUGGUUUGGAAGCAAAGAGUAGCAUCGAUUAUUAGUCUUGUUUCCAGCAGUGAGAAGGAAGUAUACUUUCCAACAAGAACUGGUAUGACAAGAACUUUUGGUAAAAUCAAGGUGCAAACGCUGUCAACCUUAACUGUUCACAGGUGUACAUUCCGAUGUUUAAAGAUUGUGCAGGGGUCCAAGAACCACACAGUAAAUCACUUUCAGUCUUCAUUUCUCUCCAACUUCACGAAAGAUGAGUGUUCAGAUCUUUUAAAUCUCAUUAAUCUUGUGCAUUCCAAUUCUGAGGAGGGUAAUGAUAGCAGACCACUUGUCAUACACUGUCUGAAUGGAACUGGAAAAUCAGGUAUCUUCGUUGCCAUGGAUUAUCUCAUACAACUUAUUAGGAAUGGCGAUACUUAUGUCGAUAUUUACAACCUCACACACGUCCUGAUCGCAAAUAGGGAGAAAUUAAUAGAAAACGAGACACAGUACCAGUUCUUGUAUGACUGUGUAGAAUCAUAUUUGGAUCACGAAAAGAAAAGCCCACCUCAAAAACUACCAGAGCCUAACCCUACAGAGGAGGAAGAUGCUGGACUUAUAGAACUGUCCCCUACUGAUAAGACCACAUUCUUUUCUAAGAAAUACUGAGGAAAGAUGGUUUUUAAGUUUCAGAAACUU